AUGGCUACUAAUGCAAUCAAGCUUCUUGCGCCAGAUAUCCACAGGGGUCUGGCAGAGCUGGUCGCUAAACGCCUAGGCUUACGUCUGACAGACUGCAAGCUUAAGCGGGAUUGUAACGGGGAGGCGACAUUUUCGAUCGGAGAAUCUGUUCGAGACCAGGAUAUCUACAUCAUCACGCAGGUGGGGUCCGGGGACGUGAACGACCGAGUGCUGGAGCUGCUCAUCAUGAUCAACGCUAGCAAGACGGCGUCUGCGCGGCGAAUUACGGCUGUGAUUCCAAACUUCCCAUACGCGCGGCAGGACCGGAAGGAUAAGUCACGGGCGCCAAUUACCGCGAAGCUCAUGGCGGACAUGCUGACUACCGCGGGCUGCGAUCAUGUCAUCACCAUGGACUUACACGCUUCGCAAAUCCAGGGCUUCUUUGAUGUACCAGUUGACAACCUUUACGCAGAGCCUAGCGUGGUGAAGUAUAUCAAGGAGCAUAUUCCCCACGACGAUGCCAUCAUCAUCUCGCCGGAUGCUGGUGGUGCCAAACGUGCGUCGCUUCUAUCAGAUCGCCUAAACUUGAACUUUGCGCUGAUUCAUAAGGAACGUGCAAAGGCAAACGAAGUGUCCCGCAUGGUUCUGGUCGGCGAUGUUACCGAUAAAGUCUGCAUUAUCGUUGACGAUAUGGCGGAUACUUGUGGUACGCUGGCCAAGGCGGCAGAAGUGCUGCUAGAGCACAACGCGCGGUCUGUGAUAGCCAUUGUUACCCACGGUAUCCUUUCAGGAAAGGCCAUUGAGAACAUCAACAAUUCGAAGCUUGAUAGGGUUGUGUGUACCAACACCGUGCCAUUCGAGGAGAAGAUGAAGUUAUGCCCGAAGUUAGAUGUAAUUGAUAUCUCGGCAGUUCUUGCGGAAUCCAUUCGCCGUCUACACAAUGGUGAAAGUAUCUCCUACCUCUUUAAAAACAACCCACUAUGA